AUGGCACCCAAGUUGUGUGCUUUGCCUCCUGAACUCAUCAGACUCAUUUUGCUGGCCUGUGCGCCUGAAGAUAUCUUGGCCAUCAUAUCAGCGUCACCACGAUGGUUCCAAGUGUAUAUCAUCAGCCCGGGCCGAUAUAUGCUCAAUGCCACGAAAUCUCAGGUUCCUGCGCUACUUUGGCCGGAAUUCUGCGCGGUAUAUUGUGCUGCGAAGAGUUUCCGGCCCUUCAAGCAGGGCAGCCUUCUCGAUUCACAGAGAAGAGAGGUGCAGGAUUUCUUCAAUCGGGUUUUUGAGGACCCCAGAAGCUUCGAAUCUGCUAUUGGGCCGCACAAUGCCAAGGAAGCCUAUCUUCUUUAUUGCAAAGUUGACUACUUUAUUCGCGGAUUUGCCAUAAAAGCAUCAAAGGAAGCCAGCUUCCUUCAGCAAAAUAGCACCGACAGCAUAACCGACGUCUCCGUUUGUCCAUACGACCUCACCCUGCAAGGUCCAGUGGAACGAGCAUAUUCCGUGCAUAUCACCUCCCAGAUCGAAGAUGCAUAUGAUGAUCCCAUGACAUUUGACUCAUAUGAACAAUUCAAUCUGUCGGAUACAGAAGUCCUUCGACUCUAUAGAGCUUUUUUGUGGUUUGAGAUGUGCUGCAAGUUGUGCAGGCCCGCUCUGGCUCGUCAAGACUUGGCCGUAUACACUUAUGAGGAACAAUAUGUAUAUUUCAUUCAUCGUUUCGAGCCGUGGGAGAUUGAGGAGCUUGCUGCAGUGCAUCAGUAUUUGUCGGAAAUUGUUGCGACAGUUCUGGAAGGCACUGAUAAAGAGUUUGAAGCGGAAGUACAGCGUCUCGUUGGCAAAGAGAGGAUCCUGGGCUUACACUUUGAAAAGAUGGCGGAGAGAAAACCGAAUCUGUCGCGUUAUCGGGCCACAAUGUCAGACCCAGCACUUUACCUGUUUACAGACUUUUUCAUGUCCAAUACGACAACAGCAACGAGGAUGAUGGCCUGCGCCGGGCUGCGCCAUAUUUACGACCUCGCUCGAAGCGCAAAAGACGUUCAACUUGAGCUUAUUAGACGAACCCACUCCGUCGCCUUCUCUCAAGGAUUAUUCAAUCUAUUCCGGGUCCCGCAACCUCGUUUCGCGCGUUUUCUUGUGCUUGAAUCGGACUUCAGGGACGGGGACGAUGUUAUACCUGAAGACCCCACGCAGCCGAGCAUGGGCUAUACAAAAUACUGGCCGAGUAUUUGGAAUGAGUACUUGCGCGUUUACGAUCAGAGCUCUCCGCAUCGAGCUGCAGACUUCGCGUUCUGGGAUGCUGAGAGGAUACACGGCACGCUUCUUCGAGAGGCUCUGAAGGAGGCAGGCAGGAUGUGCCCCGAGUUUGUCAAGAGGCGCUACGGGACUAAGAGAAGACAAAGUUCUCAGACAAAGUUUGAAUUAUCCGUAUUGUCGCCAGAGUCUGUGGAUCGAAUUGUGGAGAAAUUUGGCGCAUACGACAUUCUACAGGAUCGACGGCAGUAG